AUAUGCCGGAUGCAGCGUCUGUCGCGAGGGUGCUUGACGUUCACACUACGAGAAAAAUCAAUCCGUGCAGAGGAACCUCCGUGGUUUAGCGUGGAAAAUUUUGUCGAACCUCAUCACACUACACUUUUCCACUUCGUCAAUGAACGAUCAGCGACCCACCUAUGGACGAAAGAAUAUUGUCCCGACACCCAUAUUCCAGGUGAAGCGUCUGAGAGUGUGGGGGAUAAUCAAGAUGGCGGAACUUGGGGUCUCAGAAGAGAUUCUUUUCACGUCAUCCGGGCAUGGCUAGAUAUUCUCUCUUGUACCAGACCCGCCGUCUUCCGUGCCCUUGCAGCGGGCUCAUUUUGGACCCGGAGCCAUACCCAAUGAUCUCGCUAACAAGUCCUGUGGAACAAUGGAUGUCGGGGAGCUGUUGAAGACGCUCAACGACGUCUUUGGGACGAAUCAUCCACUGGGCGCUCCAGGCCUGCAGAAAUGCCUCGAACACUUCCUUCGCACCCCGCCAGACUUCGGCGAAGUGUACGGCCUCUUGCGGGGCUAUUGGCAGUCCGACUUCUCUCAGCUCCUCUCCACCAUUGCGAGGAAGCGAGCGCACGACGAGAAGAUGCGGCAAGACGUCUUGCAUGGGGAUUACAUCAGAAACUCGAAUAUGCGUCCACGGCGGGUGUGGGACCUCUACAGUAAUCGGGUGCUUCCGUUUUUUACCCUUCCUCCGCAUUCGUGCAAAGAUAUUCCUGACAACGUCUGGACCGUGUCACAUAGCUGGGUGCACGGCGAUGCGCUGGUUAAGGUCUCAACUCCCAUUAACGGCAAACAGUAGCUCGUGCCGAUACCGCGGGGCACUAGUCUGGACCACGUCCGAGUGGAGCUGCUUAAUCUCGGCGCGGAGUACGUCUGGCUAGAUGUCCUCUGCUUGAGACAGAAGGGACGUCGAGCGGGAGAACGGCAGAGGAGGGAGGAGUGGAAGCUGGAUGGUCCUACUAUCGGACACAUCUAUUCAUUCCCGCAUGUUCCGUGCGUCACCUAUUUCAACGGGCUAGGCCUUCCCUUCAACCCAUCACCGAAUGUCCUAUCCACCAACAGACACUGGCUUAACCGUGUUUGGACGAUGCAAGAAGCCACCUGGGCGUGGCUGCCUGGAGGAGCAACCGGCACGGUCUCCCCAAACACUCGUGCGUUCUUCCAAAAUCAUCUCGGGAAAGCGAUUCCCCCUUCGCACUUCGAAGACCCCACACGAACCAGACACCUGGGUGCUGCUCUCACAGCAUUGCGGAAGCGCCAUUGCACAACGGAGCUCGACAGAAUCUC